AUGGCGACAGCCAAGCGGGAAUUUGUAGCGAAGAACUUACUCGACCAACGUCACCCGAGGAAAGCUGGUCGACGCAAACCCAAUCAUUCCGCACGAGGUCAUCGCCACCUCGUUAAGCUUUCAGAAGAGGAGUUAUCGCGACGAGAACAAGGUUGGAAUGAUCGCUUCGCAAUCGAUCCACCGCCCAAAUCCAACAAAGUGCCGUCGCCGCCUCACUCUCCUACGUUCAGUACCCCAGCAACACCAUUAAGUAAAGAGUCCAGGAUCCAAAACGAGCGAGCGCAGUAUGGUAAACGUGGUGGAAAGCGCAACCGUGCGCCAAAGAAGCCGUCGAGUGGGAAGCUGGUUCCACUGAGCACUUUGUCAAAGCCCCCACCAGAAGCUGCACAGCCUACCAAAGAAGAAAAGCUGCGAUUUAAGGUUCUGAAAGCCAUCGACGCCCGCGAGACGCUUUUGUAUCAGCUGAGUGCUUUAAUUCUCUGUACUCCCGUGCAAGAAUCACUCUUCAUACCGUCAAGACCUACUGAGCCCCCAACGGUUAACAACGCGGGUAGACAACAAAUGCGGUCGAGAGGAGGGAUGGCUCUAGCACCAGCACCAUUAAGUCGACAUAGUGGCAAUCCUGGUGCAAUGACAAACGCUCGCGAAGCUACGAAGCUAGCUCAGCAACUCGCUACAGAUCUACAGGUUACUGGAAUCCAAUGUGUUGAAGCACUAGUCGAAUGGAUGCUUGAGGCUGGAGCGCAGGCAGAAACUCCUCCACCGUUCUUGUGGCGUGGGAGAAACUAUUUCCUUAAGAUGUUCAAUGAUUUGGAUUUCGCAGAAUCGGAACUGGCGGCAAGAGGAGUCAAUUUGGAUUGCUUUAAGCAACAAAACCCCCUGCUGAUCAGGCCGAAUCAAAAACUAGGUCGAGUACUGGCUGCUCACUCUAUCAUCCUGGAAAUGAUAGAGUUUGCGAAGGAGAUGACGCCAAUGGAGCUACUUGCACUUAGUGGACGAAUGCGCGAUUCUGACCGCGAGGAGACCGAGGCGGACAACGGAAAGACUGACUCCCGGACGAAUUCAACUGCUGGACUGAAUGCAGCAAAUGACAAUAAUGAUCCGACUGUCAACAUUGAGAAAAUGCAGCUGAAUACUAUCAACAAGCAAGCGUUGGAGCGUCACGAUCAUGAAUCUGCAGCGGAUCUUGUCAAUUUGCUCGACGAGAGCUUGGAUUUUACCCGCGAAAGCGCUUCACGUGACGGUGAUACUAAACAAACAGACGCUACAAAUGCGUGUGAAGACGAACACUACAACAGUAAUGAUGCAAGCGAGGAGAAAUCGGCCAGACCAAUGACAGGGAGAAGUUUGACUGAUGCUGUAGACAACAAUUUGGAACCAGACGAUGGAGAUGAACCGUUGGGGAAUGGCGAAGCUGACGGGCCGACAGACAAUCAAUCCGAUUACGGGGACAAUUCUAUGGACGAUAUCGAUAACAAUGACGAACCGUGUGUACCUGAAGCCAGUGCACCACAAUUGAAAUCAGAGAUAUCCGAGUCUCCAACUGAAGACACUGGUGAUAUUGUUGGUCCAGAGCAGAAACACAAUGAUACACCUGCGGAUGAGAUUGUACCGGAUAUUGAACCUGAAGCGUUGGGUACCACCGCUGAACCAGGUCUUGGCACUGAGCAGCAUUCACCUCGGUCAAACACAAGCGACAAUCAACAAGAGAACGACAACAGCUUCGAUGCCAAAGCGGGCGGUCGUAAUGACGAUGGAAUGAGUGAGGCAAGUGAUGAUGUACAGCAAGCAGAAGAUACCCUAGCUGUGAGCGUUAGCGCCGCACCAGAGACUAUCGUAUCUGAUCAAACAGCGCCUCCGGAAAAUUCUACACACGAUGAAGCUAUAAACCGAUCUGCCUCACCUGAAAAAUUAUUAACGAGCCGAACAGAAGAUACUAAUGGCUCGGAGUACGAUAACAGCUUCGAUGAAGAUGUUGACGAAGAGAAGACCAGCACUGAUGUCAAUGCAGAUACCAGAGUGACAAGUCCAUACUCUGCGAUAGCACCAGCAACAAUCGAUAACAUAUCACGUAUCCAAGGUAUGGAGCCAGACAAGCAUCUAGUAGCCUCCGAAAAUGAUCAACCUGUUCCAGAAACCGAUGACCCCCAGGCCAUAUCAAAAAGAUUGGAAAGCGAGCUAAAACGAUGGACGUUUCUCGAAGAUGAAAAUCGACCUACCGAAGUAAACGCGCAGAGUUGUCUGAUGUGGCACAGUACACGAGCAUUGAAAGAGAAUCUCCAGCGACAUUCAUCGAUUAGUGAGUGCAUGGAGGGCUCGAUAAUCUCAAUGCUGGACCAGUACGGGCUUACAGUUCCUGAAACACCCAUGAGGAGUCUUCUGUGGAGUGAUGUGGCGCAAGAGCUCGAUCUAGCAUCACACUUGAUUGAAGAAUGCCAAGUUGUACUGGAUGAUAUCUGUUCUGUCGUCGCGGAAGCCAUUCAAGCUUCCCUUCGGUUGAAAAACUCGCUAGUAUCCGAGAUUGAGAUCCAGGAGGUGCUUGAAACUGCAGAAGCUGUGCGUCUGGAAUAUCAUAACUCGACAUGGGAGUUUGUCAAAAUUGCUUCGAUGCUGCUCGUCUUUCUACUCGGUGCAGAUAACGACGCCUUAGCAUCAUUUAAGGACCGAUCACCAAUCUCUGUAGGACUGAGCCGGCUUGUGAAGGUGUUCUACCCAUACUUGGUUAACCAGCCCCGAGAAGAACUCAGUGACAAUUGGCAUCCAGUAAGCAGUGUUCUUGCAGCAAUGGGACUGUCUACCGACCACCUCUACAUUAUGCUAGACCCGAUGUGUAAGACGAUUCUCCUUGCUGUGAAAUUGUGCAGUUGGUCGAACCAAGAAUCCCAAGAUGAAGGCGAUCUAGCUAUAUUUCCUAAGGUUACUGUCAUCUGUGAUCGCGAAGAUGUAUUACAGUCGAGUGUCGAGUACGUUCGGCGUACGCACUUCUCGUCUGAUAAGGCUAUCUCGAACUUCUCUCUUUUUCCUUUUUACAAGAGUUCGUUCGGUGAAAAGCUUGUGGAUGGAGUAAAAGUUGAAGAAGGUGAAGGAAAGGGCCCUCUGAAGGAAUGGUUUACACUCGUGGGUAGUCAGCUGGCGUCUAAAUGGAAACAAGUACCAUUAAGCAACAUUUUGGCAGACGCAUAUUCGACUCAAGUAACAGCAAGCGGGAACACGAUUACAAUUCCUGGGGCAAGCGAUAUGAUUUGUCCAGGCUUCCAGGUUGAAUGGGAGACGAGCGAAGGAGAAACGAUUCGUCGAGUCAUCAACAAGCGCAUGGAACACGAUAACUUCUUACUAGAUCGAAGUGUGCAAUACCAUUCAUUCGUGGCGUCUCAACUGCGGCUUUCACAGCCCAUUACGGCUAUAUUCGAGUAUGUGCAAGGCUCUGAAAGCUACUGGCUGAACGAGACCACACGUGAUUCACGUGAGAAUCGCAAUGUACUCGUAUUUGUUGGAUGGUUUCUCGCUAGUGCUGUUACGCACUUCAGCUCGAUCCAGCUGAGGAUACACCCGCUAUUCUUUCACUUAUUGCUGAAUCCUCAGCAUUGUGUGACGCUGGAAGAGAUUCAAUCAUUUGACCCACAGUUAUUCACAUCGUUAUCGGGGAUGAAAGACAUGAAGCCGUUAGAUUUUUCACAGUUUCUCAAGUUCGAAGGUGCUCACGAGGGUCUAAGUGUUGAGGCGUACAUCAGUAAUGUGCUAGAAGAGAAGUUCGGCCCAGCCUCUGGAUUCGGGUGGCAACUUCAAGUUAUUCGUGGCGGGUUCACUCGUGUCAUUGGUAUUGACCAGCUUAGUAGUGUUGGGAUCACUGAGGCAGACCUGGUAGAAAGCAUUUGUGGAAGCAAUGGUGGCCCUGGCGAUGAUUUUGUCAUUAAUGAAGUCUUCCGAGUGGCCGCUGAUACGGACUUCACGGGUUGUCGGGCGUUGAUGAAUGCGUUCUGGCAAACGGUGAACAGCUUCGAACCCCAGCUAAAGCGGAAGUUUAUCAAGUUCGUGACCGGUGUGGAUACUCUACCCUUGCCAGGAACUGAGUUCCUACGAAUCGAGAUGCCGUUCACAGCGAUUUCGUCAGAUGAUCACAAAAAAUGUGCGCAGAUGCUCCCUCAGGCACAUACUUGUGAUAACAUGCUUGAGUUGCCUAAUUACUGGAAGGCACUCUGCUGGAGAGAGAAACACGACGAGAAGGAACCAAAUAGCAAGCUGGAAGAAGAGCUGGUGCUUUUGUUAAGCAAGAAGCUGCGCGAUGCGGUGGAGUACUCGAGCGGAUACGGACUCGACGGCACGUCAGAUGUCGGGGGUGUCCGCGCUGACAAGUCUAAAGACUACGCCGAUCAGUUGGCAAAGGAGGAAAGUUAUGACUCGCUGGGUCUGCCUGCUUUGGCAGAAGGCGGUAAUGCCGCCGACUUGCCCUUUGAAGACACGCCACCGUCACCUCCGAGAUCAGACCACGACGAGGCCGAGCAAGACGAGGCAGCUAAACCAGCUGACGAACUAGAGGCCAAGCCAGCAGAUUCAUCCGAAACGGCCAUGUCGCCUCGUCCAGAGGACUCCUACGACGACGACUAUGACGACUGGGAAGAAGAAUCCAUGGCGUGA